AUGCGCUUAAACGGUAGAAGUCGGAGCCGAAGUCGAAGUCGGAGCAGUUCGUGCAGACAUCGAAGUCGAAGCAGCAGCUACGAAAGUGAUCGUCACCGUGGACAUUCGUCGCGCCGCUCGGAGCAAAGACGAGAUAGAAUAGUGCUUGAUGAAUUUGGUAGAGAAGUAAAACUGUCCGACUUAAGGAAGCAGAGGCAAGAACGUCAAGAGCGAAACGAUUCCAGAGAAAAACCAGACGACAAAGAGAAGAAUUCACUAGACAUCAAGAUCAAGAUAAAUAACAUAGAAAAGCAAACGCCUGAAGAAGUCGAUCCUGUAGUUCCGGCUUCACGUCCUCCAGAUGAUUACGAGCUCGAAGAAGGAGAGGAUUUCACCGCUACCAUGCAGCAAUUGAUGGGUUUUAGUUCGUUUUCCUCGACGAAAGGGAAGCACGUUCGAGAUAACGACAGUUUGGUGAACAGGGGGGCCUGUCGUGUAAUCAAGCAGUUUAGGCCGAUGCGAAUUUUGAACCGAAAAGGUAAGUAA